AUGUCUCUCCCACGAUUCCAAAAAGUAAACUUUGGGACAUAUGAUAAUUACAUUCCAGUCAGUGAAUUAAGCAAAAAAUCAUGGAAUCAACAACACUUCGCCCUGUCAUUUCCAAAACCACAACGGCCAGGAACGAAAAGAAGAUCAAAACCUUCUCAAAUAAGGGACAAUACAGGUCCUACAAUUGAUGAAGAACAAUUAAGAGGAGGUCAUAGACGACCAUUAUGGAUGUACCGUUCUCUAAUGAGAAUUCCCGAGAGACCAUCCAUUUAUUUAGCUGCCAGGAGGCAGCCUCUCAAACCAACUCGUACUGCCAAGGCAGAUUCUAAAGCAGCAGAUAUUGGUAAGAAAGGUGAAGACAAGACAACAGAGAAGGACACAACAGGUUCCGAAUCAGAAUUAAAACAAGGGAAAAAAGAUGUAAAGAAAGGCAAGGAUGUAGAUAAAGGAAAAGAUGAAAAGCUAGAUGCAAAGAAAGAUAGCAAAAAAGGUGAAAAAGAUGCAAAGAAGGGAAAAGACUUGGCUACAGAAUCUGAAGAUGAAAAAGGAGGUGCAAAGAAAGAUAGGAAAAAAGGUAAAAAGGAUGCAAAGAAGGGAAAAGACUCAGCUACAGAAUCUGAAGAUGAAAAAGGAGAUGCAAAGAAAGAUAGCAAAAAAGAUAAAAAGGAUGCAAAAAAGGGCAAAGACUCAGCCACAGAAUCUGAAGAUGAAAAAGGAGGUACAAAGAAAGAUGCCAAAAAAGACAAAAAAGAUUCAAAGAAGGGCAAGGAUUCAACCACAGAAUCAGAAUCUAUAAAAGCAGAUGAAAAGAAGGAUGAGGAUGGGAAAAAAGAUGCAAAGAAAGGUGAUGAACUGAAGGAUGCCAAGAAAGAUGCUAAGAAAGAUGCAAAGGAGAAUAAAAAGGAUAAGAAAGAUAAGAAGCCCAGUAGUACAGACAGUGACUCGAAGGAUGAUGCCAAGAAAGAGUCUAAGAAGGAUGCCAAGAAAGAUGCAAAGAAAGACUCUGACAAAGAAUCUUCUGACUCAAAGAAGGAUGCAAAGAAGGAUGCAAAGAAAGAUGCAAAGAAAGAUGCAAAGAAGGAUGAAAAGAAGGAUGCAAAGAAGGAUGAAAAGAAGGAUGCAAAGAAGGAUGAAAAGAAGGAUGCAAAGAAGGAUGCAAAGAAAGAUGCAAAGAAGGAUGCAAAGAAGGAUGAAAAGAAGGAUGCAAAGAAGAAGGGCAAGUAG